AAGCACGAGAACUUGUUGUUCGAAUCAAACGACGCAACUUCAUCUCAUUUAAAAAAUAAAAAAAACAAAAAAAGCAACCCUAUUUCAUUUCUUGACACCUGAAUUAGCCUUUGACAUUCAACUCUCUCAUUUUCUCUCGCUGAGGUUGCUGGAGAUCUUCUUUCUCAACAGUCGUCGAAUUUCUCAUCAGCUCAAUUUUCUCUCUCCUCAAUGCUGUCCAAGAUUGCUUCCAAGUCGGUGCGCCGUGCACCUGCCAAUUUGGUUCGACAGUUCACUCAUGACGUUCGCUCAUCCUCAAAAACUGUAGAAGAUGCUUUGAAGAUCCAUCAGUCUGGCUGGAAUUAUCAGAAAGGGGAUGGAACUUGUAGCUCAUUAACUGGAUGGAGUUCCAGUAAAGGCAAUUCCAGUCAGUUUCCUAGGGUUUCAAACCCUGCAGCUGGCAUGGCACCAGCAACCGGAGUCUUCACUAGAAGUAUUUCAAGCAUGACUCUGAAAAUGGGAUCUUAUGAAGUCCUGUCUAGAGGAUCCAGUUUGCAGCUGCACUCAAAAAGGAACUUUUCAUCAAGUGCAGAUCUGCCACCUCAUCAAGAAAUUGGCAUGCCAUCUCUUUCUCCUACGAUGGAAGAGGGAAAUAUUGCUAGAUGGGUGAAGAAAGUAGGAGAUAAAGUAUCUCCUGGUGAUGUAAUCUGUGAAGUCGAAACAGAUAAAGCGACAGUUGAGAUGGAAAGUAUGGAGGAUGGUUAUAUUGCCCAGAUAGUUAAAGGAGAUGGCGCACAAGGAAUUAAAGUUGGCGAGGUGAUUGCUAUCACCGUAGAAGAUGAGGCAGAUAUUGAGAAGUUUAAAGAUUACACACCCUCCAAAUCAGAAACUGCUGUUCCUGAACCUGAGAAACCAUCUGAACCUGAAGCUUCUGAACAAAAAACAGCUCAGACUCCUCCUGCUGUACCCAAGGAGAAGAACGCUCCAUCUAGUCAAAAAUCAUCUGGAGGGGAUCGCAUAUUUGCUAGUCCUCUUGCAAGGAAAUUAGCUGAAGAGCACAAUGUUUCUUUGUCAAGCAUAAAGGGAACAGGUCCUGAUGGAAACAUUAUCAAAGCUGACAUUGAAGAUUACUUGGCAUCUAGGGGCAAGGAAUCACAAGUAUCUGCACCUAAGGUUGCUGAAGGAGCUGGAAUGGACUUUUCAGAUGUUCCUCAUUCUCAGAUAAGAAAGGUCACAGCUGCACGCUUAUUAAUGUCAAAGCAAACCAUUCCUCAUUAUUAUCUGACAGUAGAUACUUGUGUGGACAAACUUAUGGAAUUGCGAAGUCAAUUGAAUUCGUUACAAGAGGCUUCUGGAGGGAAGAGGAUUUCUGUUAAUGAUCUUGUGAUCAAGGCUGCUGCUCUGGCACUGAAGAAAGUUCCUGCAUGCAAUAGCUCUUGGAACAAUGACUUUAUUCGCCAGUAUCACAAUGUGAACAUCAAUGUAGCAGUGCAAACUGAGAAUGGUUUAUAUGUUCCAGUUGUCCGGGAUGCUGACAAAAAAGGUCUAUCCAAAAUUUCUGAAGAAGUUAAACAUUUGGCCCAAAAAGCAAGGGAAAAUAGCCUGAAACCUGAACAAUAUGAGGGUGGCACUUUUACUGUGUCAAACUUGGGAGGACCGUUUGGAAUCAAACAAUUCUGUGCAAUUAUUAAUCCUCCUCAGGCAGCCAUUCUUGCAGUUGGCUCUGCUCAAAAGAGAGUUAUACCUUCAGAUGAUGAUGUCAACCAAUUCAAAUUUGGCUCUUUCAUGUCUGUUACACUAAGCUGUGAUCACCGUGUCAUUGAUGGUGCCAUGGGUGCAGAGUGGCUAAAAGCAUUUAAAGGCUACAUCGAAAACCCAGAGUCAAUGAUGCUGUAGAUUUGAUUUUUAGUUUAUAGUUUUUCCUUAUUUGGGCUCAAGUUGAUUGAUUGAAUGCUGUGAUUUUACUUCCACUAGCAUCUUCUGAGUUCACAGUUGUUUUGACAUAAAGGAGCAAGGGUGUCAUGGCUCUAGGAGCUCAGGGUACUCGUGGCAAUCGUGUACAAUUUUGUAAUAAUGAGGGGAUGAGUCUUUUGCAAUUUGACAAAUUGAUUUUCCCAAGCGAAAUAUAGGAGGCUUUAAAUACCAAGGUUUCAAUGCCUUUUAUAGCAUUGACAAAUUGAUAGCUGGAAUUUCUUCUUUAGCCUAAACAAUUUUGAAAAUUAAGUGUACCUAUGUUUAUCACAAGUAUAUUUUUUAAAUCAUC